AUGGAUGCAACCUCGCUUCUUCACGUGCUGCCGUUUGUGGCCUCGCCAACGGACGCGCUUGCCUUGCUCACGGCGCUCCCAAGCGCUUCAUUGCCGCCGCCGUUCACUGCGCUCUUGCAUCUCUUCCAGCAGUCCAAGCACUUUGAAUGGCCCGUCCCCCGUGUCGAGUGCGCUGGCAACAUGCACAUGGACCGUAUGCUGGCCGCCAUGCCCAUCCUUCCGGCCGUCAAGAUCGAGCAGCCGGAUCACCUCGAUGAUUGCCUUCAGGCGGCGCGCGUCGUCUCUCUCGCUGUACCCGCCGAGCUCACAGCCUGCGACAGCGACGAGCUUUGUCGUCUCAUACACCAAUGCACACGGCUCAACGCGGUGCAAGUCGACGUCGCCAGCGCCUACGCUAGGGGUCUUUUGCGCAGUAUCAAAGAGCUCAAAGUGUCGUUUGCCACCGUGCCGGGCCACUACCGACUCGUGGAGCGACUCGACGCAUGCAAGGUAACGCAUCUCGAUGUCCGUGGGAAUCAGCAAGAAGAUCUGUCACCUUUGCUUGCAACGGUGUCGAGUCUGCCAGCGCUCACGCACUUGACGCUGGGCUACUGCAACCUCAACGAGGCGGUCGCCCAAAGCCUUGCAGGCGCGCCGGUGCUCUGCAGCGCACGGUUCUUCUCGGUCGUGUGGCGCACCGAGUCGGUGCUACGCAGCCUCCUCGCGUACCUCGGUCGGUCGCGCCGCCUCCAGAAUGUCGCUUGGCGCCGCUGUGCGCAGAUCGCUCGCGUGGCCCAAGCGUGGAUGCCACCGACACUUGGUUGCGCGCAGUUUCUGGACUGCGACUUGGAUGACACUUUUGUUUAUGCGAUCGCGGACGAGCUUCGCGCACGGACGAUACCAACGCCGCUCACGAUCCUUCUCGACUGCCAUGCAAAGACACUGGCGCUGGAGAGCGUCGCCGCCGUCCUCCACGUGCUCGCGAGCACAAGAAACACGAGCGUGCAUUUCGAGGUUGCCCAAGGGUACUACCUCCCGUGGUUCUGGGACAAUGUGCGUCUCCAAGCGACGGUGGCCCGCGUUCAAGUGAAAUUUGAGACUCGUCAUGCUCGCCACCACUGCUACCUCGCCUCGCCAAGCCUGCAGACCGAAAUGUAA